AUGCCCAAACAUGGAAAUUUUCAACCAAAGAAUGUAUCCGAGGAAUUAGAUUGGGUAUUUUACUUACAUAAAUUGCAUUUCUGUCUCAUUAGAAGAAAUAACAAAACCUUAGGCAUUACAGAAAUAGAAGAUAAUUACGAUGAAAACGUAUGGAUAACUUGUAGAGAUGAUAAUGCGGUAACACAAGUUUCACCUUUAAAACUAAAUGUUUUUCCAACCAUUCACGAUGAUUGUUUAUACGCAUGGGAUUGCGAAACCUAUAGCGAAAAACAAACGAAUAAAGCCAUUCCUUAUUCUUGCAUGUUAAUUAAUUUAGAAAAACUAAGAAAAAUGUUAGACAGAAUAAAACAUAACUUUCCACAUUUAAAUCCAACUGAUAGUGUACCAGAAGAAUUUUAUAAUAAAUUAAUGAAUAUAGUAGAAAUAUUUGUGGGUAAAGAUUGCAUCAAUCAAAUGUUGCAACGUUUAGGAAAAAUAGAUCAAAAAAGAUUAACAUUAAUUUCUCAUAACGGAAGCGGUUUUGAUAACUGGAUCGUGCUUAAAAAUGCGAAAAAACUAACACAAUGUCCACUAGUAACAGCUAGAGGCAUUCUGUCUCUACCUUUAACUAAUUCAUUCACCGAUGAAUAUUUACAGAAAAAAUGGAAAAGACAAAAACAAAUAAUGGGCAAUUCUAAUUAUUUGCAAAAUAUUAAUUUCAUAUGUUCCUAUCAACAUGAAAAAUCUAGUUUGGCGGCAUGGGGAAAUUCAUCUAAUCUACCGAUGAAUUUGAGAAAGAUCACCGAUAUUAAUAUUGCAAAAUACACUAAAGAUAACUGGGAAUCUUUAAGACGCGAAUGGGAACCUUACGCUAAAAGAGAUACGUUAUGUCUCGGAGCUUGUUUGAUAAAAUAUAACAACGUUAUGAAAGAAGUUGUAUUCCAGAAUAUUUCCAAUAAUCUAACAGCUCCUUCAUUAUCUUUAAAGGGUUGGUAUUAUUUAUAUCAUUACCAUAAGAAAUGGUAUGAAACUACUAGAAUGGUUACGAAACACACAGAAAAAGAAAAAGUAGAAAAAGUUUACUCACAUACACACCCUUUUAUAAGAUAUUUUAUCAGACAAUCCAUUAAAGGAAGAAGAGUUUCGGCAAAUCGAAAAUUAUUUGAAACGAAUAAAAUGGAUGGAAUUUAUAAUGUAUUAAGUGAAUACAGUGAAACAUCAAGUGAUAAUAUAAUUGAUUUAUUUAAAGAAUAUAGUAAAAGUAAAAAAGAUAAACGGAAGUUAAUUCAAAACUUAAAAAAAUAA